CUAGAACAUAGAUGCAAAUACUGGAAAAACGUCCUGCCAUUUAUUUGCAUUUAAACAAAUUGGUGAUGGUCAUUUCAAAAGCUGCCUACUCAUUCAGCUUUGAUGGAAAAGUAGCAUUUAGGUUUAGUUAAGAUCUGCUGUCUAUGGUACAAUGAUCAAAUUCUGUUCAAGGUUUGAAGUAGACACUGCCAUUUUGCUGGAAUAGUGACUUGGCCUUCCAAAUACUUUCGACGCAAGCAAACGUGAUCUACAACAUGGAAGCUGAGUAUUCCAAGCGAGUGUAUCAGGGAGUCAGAGUCAAGCAUACUGUGAAGGAUCUGCUGGCUGAAAAGAGAUCACGACAAACCAGUGGGCCACGUUAUGCUGGGGUGUCUGCUCAGAGCCAACUCGUCCAAAUGGCAGGUUCCCAUCCACUACCAGGAUACUACAGCAUGAGAAGACCAUUCUUUUCUGAUGCUGAGUUUUGCUCUUCGAGCAAACAGUUCUCGACAGACAUCUACUCUUCAGCACUGACAGGGAAGUCCUUCUCUUGUGACACUAUGCCCAUGUCUACCUACUCAUCCCUAAUAGAUAGUUACUACCCGGAGUCUUUCAGUGAUUACCGCAGUGCUGCUCACUCUGGAGGAGGAAGUUCUAUCUUCUCGUCCACUGCAUUGGGCACUCGGCUUCCCCCUUUUCCUGGAGAUACCUCUCACUUUAUGCUGAGGGAUUCCUGGGAGCAGGCCGGGAUGGAGCCUACAGAGGGGUUGUGUGGGAAUGGUUUGGCUCCUGCAUCAGUGGAGCCGUCCAGCCCCAGCCAGUACCGCUCGUCCUCCAGGAGCUCCAGCAUGGGAUCGUCGCAAUUUUACUCUCUGCACACCCUGGAUGAUAUGCCAUAUCAUUCUUCCUUCCAACUGCCUUCCAGCUUCCCAUGCCCAACAUAUAGUGAACAUGUAGCUAAACUCCCAGCUCUGUCCACAGAGGACACUGAGAAUGCCCCCUCUGCCCUGAAUGACAUGUUGCCAUGGGUCAAAGAAGAUGCCACUGGGGUUUGGUCACACUGUGAAAUUAGGAGAACUUUCUGAUGCAGAGCAUUUGAAUUGCAAACAUGCCAAAGCUGGUUGAAUAUAGGAGAAACAAAGGACAGUCCAUUUCAACUUUUAAAACACCAGGAGCUAAAGCUCAUUUUUGGUGGAUCAGUUCCAAAUAAAAAAAACUUUAACACACAUGAGUACACCAUUGGAUAUUAAGGCAUUUUUAUUCAACAAAAACCAAACUCAUUAGAAAGGGGAAAUGGAACUCAAGAGGACGUCUUAGUAAGAUGACGUUGAAUAGAGAAGAGCCACAAGGCAUUCCUUUUUAACUUUUAAAUAAUUGCAUUUAAUAUAAUUUUAUAUGUAUAUAUUUCAUUGAUAUAUUGCUAAUCUAUUAUUAAAAUGACUAGAUGGUACUGUAAUGUAUCUUUUAAAGCAAAAAGAGAAAAAUAAUUUAAUGAAAUACAUGCCACCUGCUCCAUAAAGUGAUUUAUUGCAUGUUUUUAUGCUUGUACGAUUAAAAAUAUAAUUUUUUAAAUAUGAGUCUACUUUCAAAAGAGAUUAAUCCAAGAGUUUGUGGUGAUGUCAUGACAAGAAAGUAUACGUAAUAAAUAAACUGAAAUAAUUUGUU